AUGAAGACGAAAAAUGAUAGAAAAACGAACAUUGAACAGGUUAUGAGUGAUUAUUUAAUUUCGUUAAGUCAUCUAUACAAAGAUAAAAAUAUGAAUGCGGUAAAUUUAAAUGAAAAUAAUGAAAAAAAAAUAUGGAAACCAAAUAAUUUUAAAAUGGAAUUAAUAAAAAAAGAUGUAUUUAUAACAAAAAAGGAUGAUAGUAAUGAUUUAUUAGAUCUGGAAAAAAGUAUACUUACAUAUUAUGAAGAAAUAAUGAAUUGUAUUUUUACAGAUAAAGAAAAAGAUAUUUAUACACAUAUUAAAAGAAUAAUAAAAAAUGAAAAAAAUUACUCAGAUAUAGAAUCUAAUGAAUAUUUAUAUUGUUACUUAUUUAUUUUAGCAAUAAAAAAAAUGUUUCAUGACUUACUUUUAGAGAAAAAAAUGGAACAAAAUUUGAAAAUACAUAAAAGUACAAAAAUAACAGGAGAAAAUGAAAUGUUUUAUCAUCAAAUAGAUAAAAAUAUUAACAAUAAUAAUAAUAAUAAUAAUAAUAAUAAUAAGAUAAGUAAUAAUAGUAAUAAUAAUAAUAAUUCUACCACUUCUGGUAAUAAUAAUAAUUCUACUACUGCUGAUAAUAAUAAUAAUUCUACCACUUCUGGUAAUAAUAAUAAUUCUACCACUGCUGAUAAUAAUAAUAAUUCUACCACUUUUGGUAAUAAUAUAAUAGAAAAUUCAACGACAGAAUGUGAAAUAGAUAAAAAUAACAUACAUCUAUAUAAUGUAGCUAUAAAUAAUGUUGAUAAGAAUAAUGUAAAUAAUAAUGAAAAAUUUAUAAGAAAAAAAGAUAAAAAUGUAGUUGAAGAUAAUUAUGAUAAUAAAAAUUAUUUUGCAUUAAUAUUUGACAAAUUGAAAAAUAACAAAUCUUAUUGGUUAAUACCUCUUAGUGUUGUUUCCUGUAUUUAUAUAUAUUAUAAAAUGAGAACUAAAGUUUCUUCUUUGUUUUAUAAUUAUUACAAUAAUAUAUCAAAAUAUUUUUCUAACUUAUUUAUAUGUAAUAAUGAAAAAGUGAUAUUUAAAGAAUAUAGUCAUUUUUUCAAUAAUAUAAAUAAACAUAAUAUAAAAAGAAUAAUUUUUAAUCCAACCAAUAACACAUUUAGCUACCUACUAAAUAAUAAAAUAUCUAAAAAUACUAACCUAAUUGGGAAUAAUGGAAUAAAUAAUAAUGGAGAAAAUAAUAAUAUAUUUGCAAUAUAUUAUAAUGAUUAUAUAAUGAAAUAUCUGUUGAAAAAUAAAUUUUAUGAAAAUAUAGAAAUAAUAUUAGAUGAAAAAGUGUUAAAAUUACCAUUUUUUGAAACAGUUAAAAGAAAUUUAUUUGAUAUAGUAACUUAUUCUUUCUCUAUAUUAACAUUCUAUUAUAUUUAUGAAAAAAAUAUUUCUACUUUAAAAGUGGAUUAUUCGUUUGAAAAAAAGGAAAAAAUAGAAGCACUUAAUGAAAUUAUUUUAAAUGAUGAAACAAAAAAAGAAAUUAAAUCUAUACUAUUCUUUUUAUUAUAUCCUAAAAUUUUUGAAGAUUCAAUAAUUUGUAACACAAUUUUACUUUGUGGAGAAACAGGAACUGGAAAAAGUCUACUUGCAAAAACGAUUGCAAAAGAGUUAAAUUUUGAUUUUUUACAUUUAUCUGGUUCAAGUUUUAUAGAAUUAUAUAUAGGAAAUGGUGCAUCUAAAAUUAGAAAUUUAUUUAAAAAAGCAAAAAAAAAAAAAAAAUGCAUUGUUAUAUUUAUUGAUGAAAUAGAUAGUGUUGGGUUAAGUAGAAAUAUGAAUGAUGUUUGUAAUCAAAAUCAGGAAUAUACUCAAACGUUGAAUCAGUUACUUAUAGAAAUAGAUUCAUUACAUGAAUAUAACAAUUUGCAGUUAUUAUAUGAAAAUAACAAGAGAAAUAACAUAUUUAAUACUUUAAAAAAAUUAUUUUUAGAAAAGGUAAGUAAUGAAAACGAAAAUAACUUGAAUGAAAAAGAUGCUUAUGAGAUAUUUCAAUAUUAUGUAAAUAAUAAUUUAAGUUUGAUGGAAGUAGAAGAAAUAUUUAAUUUAAAAAAAUAUAGAAGAGAAAGUUUUAUUUUAUUUAUUGGUGCAACUAAUAGAUACAAAAUGUUAGAUACUGCAUUAGUUCGAUCAAAACGAUUUGAUAAAAUUAUAUAUUUUCAUCUUCCUAACUUUUUUACAAGGAAAAGAUUAUUUGAGUUUUAUAUAGAGAAAUACACUAAAAAGAGAAAUAAUAAAAUAAAUAAUAAUAAAAUAUAUAAUAAUAGUAUUGAAAAUAAUAGAAUAAAUAACUAUAAUUUAUUUAAAUACAGAUUGAAUAACAACUUUAGUUCUAUUCAUUUUAGCAACAAUCAAAAAUAUAAAAAUUUAUUUAAAUUAACUGAUAAAAUAGAAGAUUAUCCAAGUUAUAUUGAUACAUUUACUUUAUCAAUAUUAACAUUCAUGUUUAACUGUGCAGAUAUAGACCAAUUAAUAUAUUCUUCACGUUUAAAUAUUUUAACAAAAAAUAAUUUUAAUAAAAUAUAUAGCAUUAAUAAUAUAAUUAUGGAAAAUGUGAAUACUUUAUUACAUAAAAAAUUUUCUUAUGAUAACCAUUUAGAAAAAAUAUUUUAUCAAACAAAUUAUGAUGAUUUAAAUUCAUCAUUUACAAAAUUAUAUAAUUUUUCUGAUGUUGAUUAUGAUAAUUAUCUCAGUAAAUUUUUAAAUUAUUGUAAUAAUGCAUUAGAGAAAAAAAUUCAUGAAGAUAAGGAACUUACUUUUGAUGAUUUUUUAUUUUUUUAUGAUUUUAAACAAAUGAAAAUAAAAUUAUGGGAAGAUAAUAUAAACAUUUUACAAAAUAAUUUAUGUAUGAAUAAUAGUUAUGCUCAUCAAAAUAAAGAAUAUCAGCUCUGCUUACUAUGGAAAGCAAUCGAAUCUUUUUUUAUAAAUUUAUAUAUAAAUUAUAAAAAUGUAAAUUAA